AUCACCCUCUUCGUCGGUGCCCACGCCGACGAUGACAGCACCACAACAGUGGGCUACUUCAUCCCCAACUGGUCCGCGACCUACCUAGAAUACGGCGGCUGGACCAGCACCGGCGCCAGCGUCGCGGGGAUCAACGCCGUAAAGACCACCUACAAAGUGGGCUGUCUGAAAGACGCGCCCAAGACCGACUGCAACAUGAAGGACGCAUACACGAUCAUCCAAGGCCCCGACACCAUCAGCCUGAGCCAGGUGUACACUGCUUCGACGUCGGACAAGUCCACCAGCUACGACGUCACGGUGACGCGGUCGUACGAAUGCUCGUUGAAGUCCUGGACAGAGUCAGCGAGCUGCACCAUGAGCGUGGGAAUGAGUGGAAGUGACAAUGGCGGAACGUAUGCUUCGUCGUCGUCCACCAAGUCUACCUAUGAGAGCCCGACUAGCUCGUACUACUACCUUGUCGUGACGGGUGGUGUCAAGUCGUUCACGGAGCCCGCGGCUACCAAGACUCCUGAUGCUGCUGCUGGUUUGGCGGCUCCUGUUGCGGCGAUGAUUACGGCGGCGCCUGUUGCUGCCGCGGCUGUGGUUGCUGCGGCUUGGGCUUAG